AUGGCAAGCUCAUCAAUCGAUCCUCCUCCUCCACAUGCUUUAGCACAAAUACAAGAAGACAUAAAGUACUUAUAUGCAUCAAAUACUAAUGUUUCUAACUUUGUGUCUGUGAAGCUUUCCGGCUACCGUAAUUACCAUCCGUGGAAGACACAGAUGUUUUCCCUCAUGGAGACUUACAAUUUGUACGGCAUUGUAGAUGCAACAUUUAUGGGUCCAAGAGGUUUGAGCCCAGAGAUGGAGAAACAAUAUAAUAUUCUUGUCAAAGGUUGGAUCUUGGCUUCAAUUAGCGAAGAGCUCCUUGGCACUGUUGUUGAUCUUGAUUGUGCCAAAGAUGUCUGGGAGAAACUGAAAUCAUUCUAUGAUACAACCGCAAUUCCAGUUUAUGAAGAACUUUCGCUCAAUCGAAAAAAGAAGCAGAAACAGAUAGGAGAUAAAGUUUCGUCAGAAGAGAAUAUCACAAUUUCAUCCGAAAUACAAACAGUCGAUGAAGACAUAAAACGAAAAGGAAAAAACAAGAUCAUACGCAACAUGAAGUUGCGUCAAGCUAUUGCGGAAGGAAAUUGGAGGGAAGUGGAGUCCAAACUAUCAUCGGGUAAAGGCGCAGACACAGAGCACAUAGACAGUGAUGGGAACACCAUGCUUCAUAUAGCAGUUGGAUUACGUCGUAACCGUAUACUCAGAAAUAUAUUAGAGUAUACAGACGAAGUAAACUUACUGAUAAUGAGAAAUUUUGAUGGAAACACAGCCCUGCACAUAGCUGCAAUCGUUGGCAACACAAAAGCAGCAUCGCUCUUGGUAAAAAAAAACAGAAGAUUGUUGGAAAUUCCAGACCAUAAAGGUGAAAUACCUUUGGACAAAGCUUAUGAAAAUAUGCAUCUUGACACCAUAGAAUAUUUGUUGAACGCUGCGAAUGCUGUCGAUGGAAAAUCCAAGAAAAAGUUUUUUCCUUUAGAGGAUUCUGUUAGCCCUGGUGUAAAAGUAGGCGUUAACCUUCUUGUUAAUGCUGUUACUGCAAAGCAAUAUGACUUAGCAACACAGUUAGUCAAGAAGUCUCCUGAAUUUGUUGUGGAAAAUGAUAAUAUACUUCUGGCAAUUACUAGAACUUUUCCGAUGGGGCUGGAUUACUGGGAAAUGCUUAUAUAUCCAAAUUUGGGUGAUAUUUGUGAAAGGAUAGUCAUGAGAGCCAGGGACUCGUUUAAAGUAUUAGUAUACUACUGCAAAGACAUGAUGUGUAUAAUAGAAGAUGUACAUGAUGACGUGAUCUUUGGUAGUAGACAACUGCUACUAUACUUCACAAUGAGAGGUGAGCUACUGAUAUAUAACCUUCAAAUACAACCCCAGAAUUUAUCACAUAGUUGACAUCACAAAUGAAUGUUUUCUGCUUAUGCAGGUCCAUUAGCC